UUUUGACUUAACACCUUAUCGGACUUGUAACGCUUUAUAUGAAAAUGGAAAUGCGAAGGUAGAUAUGAAAUUUUUCAUUUUAUUUGCUUUGGUAGUCCAGAACACUUGCACAGCAAUCUUACUUCGCUAUAUUUCUAUAACCAGAGGAACUAAAUUUUUAUUCAGUACGGCUAUUCUCUUUCAAGAAAUAAUCAAGAUCCUAAUCUCCAUGGGUUUUUUAUUGUACAAUCAGAAGUAUUAUAAAUCGCAAAAUUUUAUAAAUCCUUUCAUACCCUGGAGAGAGGUUACUAAACUUAUAGUCCCUGCAGCGUUGUACGCCAUUCAAAAUUGCAUUCAUUACUUGGCUCCUCUUUUACUAGACGUUCCUACCAUGCAAGUAACUUACCAACUUAAAAUUUUUACAACGGCCCUUUUUCUAUACGUAUUAUUAGGCAGAAAACUAAGCUAUAAGCAGUGGAGCUCGCUGUUUCUAUUGGCUUCGGGUGUAUGCUUGGUGCACACCUGUGCACCCUUGGAAAAAAAGACCGCAACAGUUCCGGAUCUUGCUCAGAACAAAGCUUAUGGCAUAUGCUUGGUGCUGCUUGCUUGCAUUUUUUCUGGUUUCGCCACUGUAUACUAUGAGAAAAUCCUUAAAGCCCAAAAUAGCGAUAUUUGGAUAAGAAACAUCCAGUUAGGAUUUUGGUCUCUCAUUUUUGCAGUGGUGAAUAUUCUGAUAUUCGAUCUCUCAAGAGUGCUAGGAAAAGGGUUACUUCAAGGAUACUCUCUGGUAGUUUGGGCGACGCUGGUGGCAAACAGCCUAGGAGGGCUUAUCGUUUCUGUCGUCGUUAAAUAUACCGAUAAUAUUUCGAAGGGAUUUGCAACAUCUGUCUCUAUAUUAUCGUCCUCUCUGCUUUCGCACAUUAUAUUCAAAACUGCCCUUUCGCCCUUCUUUUUCGGUGGCGCUGGGCUUGUGUGCGCUGCUGUUUUUCUCUACAGCCGAGAUGUCUCCGAGGUGCAAGCGCCUAACUCCGCAUCGCUGCUGAAGACUACAUCUUUCCUUUAG